UCUAACUCCCUGCCUAGGGUGUUCCUUCUUCUUGGUUUUUUCAAAUUCUCGAAAGAAAGGAAAAUAGUAUCCAUUUGAUUGAUUCAAUUUCGAUUUCUUUCGCACUGAGGGCAACAAGAACAUUAAAUCCUUCGUCCCUCGAUCUUCCGGUCGAGUGGUUUUGGAUCAAUCUGAUUGAUUGAAAAGCUUCUGACGAUGGGGGAUUUCAAUCUUGCUCUGGUCAUCGUCGCUAUAGUUGUCUGUGUUCUUGUUUUCCUCUUCAAUGUCUACCUUCUUGUGAACUAUCAGCAUCCAGACGAUGCUAACCAAGCGUAUUUCCCCAAAUUCGUCGUUGUUUUGGGUCUCUCUGUUGCUGCCAUUUCCAUACUUAUGCUUCCAGCCGAUGUCGCUAACCGUUCGGCCUGUCAAAACGCGAUCUACAAUGGUGCUUGUAAUCUCACAUUGCCUAUGAAGACGCUAUGGAUUAUUGUCUACAUCGUUGAUGCUGUUCUUGUUUUCUUUAUCAUCCCCUUCGCCAUGUUCUACUACGAAGGCGACCAGGACAAGACCAUAUGGAAACGCGUAAAGAGCGCAUUACUGUGGGUAGGGACGACGGCCGUUGUUUGCGCUCUAGUACUUGGAAUUUUAUACGGUUUAGUUGGAAAGGUGGACUUCACUGUUAGACACCUUUCUUCAACCACAACCAGUUUUCCUAGCUCGUGGGCUUUUUCUAGUAGCCAGCAAUGUAUUGGUGGUGCUUCUGUUUAUCAGUGCUCUGCAUAUCUAACAAAUACUUCGUCAGAGACAACUUGGACUAUGCGUACCACUUUUCCAGAAUAUAUUGUCGCCCUCACCACUGUUGUUGGAUCGGUUCUUUUCUGUAUAUUUGGUGGUGUUGGUAUUGCUUGCCUACCUUUGGGGCUUAUAUUUUCAUUUAUCCGGCGUCCAAAAGCUGUUAUUACUCGUUCACAGUAUAUCAAGGAGGCAACUGAAUUGGCUAAAAAAGCUAAAGAAUUGAAGAAAGCAGCGGAUGCACUUCAUCAAGAAGAGAGAAGCGGUUCUAAAGGGAGGAAAUGGCGUAAAAAUGUGAAGGCAGUUGAAAAGGAGUUGCUUCUUUUGGAAGAAGAUGUGAAAGCUUUGGAAGAGAUGUAUCCUCAAGGAGAGAAGGCAGAGACUUCUUGGGCUUUAACUGUCAUUGGCUACCUGGCAAAACUUGUAUUGGGAAUAUUAGGGUUAAUUGUAUCAGUGGCUUGGGUGGCACAUAUUGUUAUAUAUUUGUUGAUCAAUCCUCCUCUAUCUCCUUUCCUUAAUGAGGUUUUCAUCAAACUAGACAGUGUCUGGGGCCUUCUAGGUACUGCAGCGUUUGCCUUCUUCUGCUUCUACCUUCUGAUGGCAGUUGUUGCUGGGGCAAUGAUGCUCGGUCUGAGACUGGUUUUUAUAACCAUUCACCCUAUGAAGUGGGGAGCAACUCUUAUGAAUUCGUUUCUUUUCAAUGUUGGACUCAUUCUCCUUUGCUCCAUCAGUGUGAUUCAGUUCUGUUCUACGGCUUUUGGUUACUAUGCCCAAGCAACUGCUGCCCAAGAAAUAUUUGGCCACACCUUGCAAUCUCUUCGUGGAAUUAAAUAUCUGUACAUGUACAAUGUGUUUCAAAUUGCAUUCGUCGUUUUCGCAGGGCUCACACUUGUUUAUUACGCGGCCUUUGGAUGGAGAAAAAGAAGACCAACUGGCAGAUUCCAGCUUUCUGAUUAAGUAGUGUGAUUCUAGGAAAAGCAUUGGGCUGGGCGACUCCUAGAUUCUCAAAGUUGAAUCAUUUAUCUUGAAGUGGUUUUCAGAGUUGGAUGUUUAUGGGCUGACUUGAUUUUCAAUAUGGCAAUGUCGAAUGAAUGGUGAGUGAAUACAUGCCCAAUUGUAAAUCUGUGUCUCGAUCAAUGUGGUGUGUGCUGCUGCUGGUGCCGCUGUUGUUGGUAGCAUCUGGGGUUAUCUCAUACUACGUUUCUUUUUUUCCAUCCUCCCUUUUCUUUGUAAUAUUGUUUCAUGGUUGAUUUAUCUUAUAGAAUAGCCAUGGUACUGCUUGUCAUGGUGAUACGUACUUUUAGAGAGGGAUGUGGGACUAUAACACUACCGCUGCUGUAAUUUAGAUGUCAGGAACAAUAUUCUUUUUUGGUUUGUGCAGAGAAUCAGUUUGUUCA